GCAGCAGCAGUCUGCAGAAGCACAGAAGACGGUGAAGGAGACACCACAGAAGAAGGAAAAAACGGUGUCAAGUGAUACACAUUCUUUUGCUCGAACGGGGAGGAGGAACCUUUCUGAGUUUUUUUUUGGUUCGUUUAGUGUGAUUUAUUUUCGGUCAAGGUCUACGGUUUGAACGGAACACAAAAGUGCAUUCGGAAACAGGAAACUCCGGCUCUGUUGUCGUGUCGUGUCGUAUCGUGCUUAAUUAAUCAUCACAACGCAGUUGUAGGGAGUGAGUGAGUGUGAGUGUUUUGGGUGUAUUUUUAAAGUGCCUUGCUGGUAGUUCGCCGUGGUUCCAGGUUCCAGAACGUCCAGUGUCCCCUCGCCCCGGCACACACUCCUGGGGUUAAUCGUGUUAAUACAGUUGGUUUAGGCUUCUCACACGGGGCUACACGGGUUUGCUUUGUGAGUUUGUUUCGUGUUUGGGAAGACAGAGGGAACAGAGCAAAAGCUGAAAAAAUACAGAAAGCAAUAAGCUGCGGGAAUCGACGAAGGAAGAGGGUGGAAGAACCGGAGUGGUAACAAAACAAAACUCCGCUGCGCGACGAAGCACCGUGGAACGGAGGAACUUCGGAAAGUGUAUGUGUGCACGAGAAAAUUACUGUGGGAACCUCGGAACCGCUUGAACGAAGACCGACUGGCUGGCUGCUCCAAUGAACCAGCUAACUGGAUAGUCGACUGGCUUAGCCCGCUUAGUACAAGCACGGAGCUCCAAAGUGUGCGGGAUUACGGGGUGCAACGACUGUGGAAUGUGCGAGCGAGCAAUUCAGCGCCAGAGUUUCGCUUAGUAAUCAAAACACGACUCUGCAAAAGUGACAUCAGACAGCGGACACCUGAGCAACGCUCGCUCGUGUAGUAUACUACCGAGUAGAAAUCGGCAAAGGUAUUUCACGCACCACACCAGUUAUGCCGAUAAGGCGACGCAGCUGGAGGAAGCUACUACCGAGGGUUUCAGAGACGGCGCUGGCGGUGGCCAACAUCGCAAAUUGAAUAACACUGCUCUGCCAGCGGAGCCACCGCAUUCGUCAUGGAGAAAAGCUUCGACGAAAUAACAGUCUCCAGCCUGUCGGAUCUUCAGCUGGGAAGUUCGUCCGAGUACCCGAGUCAUCUCGCGCCAGGUUCCUCCGGAGGCGGUGACCAGCAACAGGUUCAACAGCGCAACAGCGGCAGCGGAGCCGGCAACGGAAACGAGAACAACUUAAAUCGACAGAAAAGGUCAUCCAAGCAUCAGCAGCAGCAGCAACAACAGUCAGUAUUUAACCCGUCCCGGCAUCUGGAUGUUUGGCUGGCCAACGCCAUUCGGGGCCUCGAGAACGCCAACUCCGGAGGUCAGGACGGCGCUGGGUCGGACCUGCUGGACAGUCCCACGCUGCUGAAGGGUAGCUUCGGGGAGCCGCUGUCGUUGCCGCCGAAUUUGGGCUACCUUGACGCGCCAAAUUCCUCGGCAUCGACGACGACGGGUCUUUUUUCGCCAACCCAGCAGCAACUCAGCCAACAGCAGCUUCAGCAACAACUUCAGCAAAGUCAGCAGUUUUUGCCGAAUCCGUAUCUGCAUCGGUACGCGGGUAGCUUUCCGUCCAGCGAAGGGAUCGAGUUUGCCAGUUUGCCACCCCGGAUCAGUCACAACAACAGCAGCAGCAGCAACAGUCAGUACCAGCAGUAUCAGCAGGGAAGGAGGGCGAUGGCGGGUCAGGGAGUGGCCACGCACCAGAGCAACUCGUCGUUCCAGGAUUUGCUGAACGCGCAGCGAAUCAUGACCGACCCCUACAUCAACGACUCAUCGGACAACGAGUCCAAAAACGGCGGUUCCUGCAACACCAAAUCCAAGCUCGAGUCGGCGGAAGCCCUGCUGGCGGAUCUGAACCUGCUGAACAGUGCAUCCUCCGCCAACGCCACCAACUCGAUCAACAAUGGCCCCACCGGGACCACAAACGGGACCAACGGGUUAAACGGAACGUCAACGGGCAACAACAGUACCAGCACCAACACCAACAACAGCAAUGGCAAUGCCAACAACAACAACAACUUGGUGUUGGUACUGCUCAAAGAGAUUAGCAAAUUGCAUGAAACCAACAAAAAAAUCUGUCGGAAUUUGCAUGAAACCAAAGUGGAGAUGGAAGCUUUGAAGCAUGCUCCGCACUGGGGCCUUAGCCACCGUAGAGACAGCAUUAGCGGUCUGAGCACCAAUAGUCAGCCAAUCGUAGGCCACGUGCGUUACAACAGCGGCAACAGCUUCGGCGGCGGCGGCGGCCUGCAAAGUCCCGCGCCGACCUAUCACUCGCAAGGCAACUACACGCCCGGCAUCGUCUCCGACGUGGUCCGCGAAAUCCGCGAGGUGUCCCGCGUGCGGGAGGAAGCCCUGAUGGACCGCAUGAAGACCCUGAUCGAGGAACGCUCCUGGGCCGUUAACGAGACCAACUUCCGGCUGCUGAAGGAAACGGAAGAGAUGAAAAAGUCCAUCCACUCGGUGCGCUCCGAGAUGCACCAGGUCAUGGACCGGAUGCUGAAGCUCGAGAAUGAAGUCAUUACGCUUAAGGGCCAGCUCGCCCACUACCAGCAGCGUGAGCAGGUUCAGGCCUUUGCCCUGAGGGAGCGGGACUCCUACCAGGGACUGGGGCUUGCUCCCUCCUCUGCCGGUUCGGCCAAAUUCCGGCGGAACAGCAUGCACCUCAACUACGGCCGCAUCAACAGCACGGACGAGUUUUAUGGGAAUAACAACUUCAACGACGUAAGCAAUGAACUGCGGUUCAGCAACGGAAGCAAUAGCGCGGCGGCGCCGACGGCCGGGCCAACGACACGCGCCGGCAACAGCAGCAAGUUUGGUGAGAAUAAUUUUGCGACCUCCUCGGUGGUAAAUGGUGGCGGUUUUGGUGGACAAGAGGACAUGAACGUAAUGCAUGACGACGGCUCCAACUCGAGCGAAGCAAACCAUCAGGUGUUGUUGCUGGAGAAGGACGCCCUGAAGCUGAGGCGCGAGCUGCAGGACGCGCUCGCCUCGAAGCAGGAGUCGGAAAGCCGGAUCUCAGCUUUGGAAAGUAUUGUAAGCACUCUCAAAGAGCAGGUUCCUCCAGCGGCGCUAACGACGGCCUCAACGGCGCAGCAACACCACCACCAUUCGCAACUCCUGUUGACUACCAACCCGGCUGGCCUGGGCGGCACAACUAGCUCCAGCUCGAGCAACUACUUCCGGGCGCUCAACAGUGGUUCUCCGCAGCAGCCGCCGGUGUCCGUUUCGCCGAAGCUGCAGAAGGCCGCCCAGGUGCAGAGUCUGGCGUCGCCGUCCACCCAGCAAGAACGUCACCAGCAGCAGCACCAGCAGUUUCAGCAGAGGUUCCUCGAACAUGGCACGAUGCCCGGUGUGGUCAUGAACGUGUCUGGGCCGGUGACGGAUUUGUAAGAUGGUUCAGGGAGGGUUUCCACGUAGGUACUAGAUUUACGCGUGAUUGUGCGUAAAAUUGCGUUAUUUUACUUUUUGACGAAAUUUAAUCGAUAGUCAUUAUUCUUAGCGAUAUUCUUAUGCUUUUAAAUAAAUUUGACGAUAAUGCUGGUUUUACCGUAAAACGGGGUGACAAAUAUUGGAAUUCAAUUUAUUGUUGUAAUAUUAUUCUACCGGUAAAUCUUGGUUCAAGAUCAUUAUUUUUAAAUUUUUUUUUUUAUCAGCGCUUAAAAAUAUAAUAGCACUGAAUAUAUACAUUUUGAAAAUUUGGGUGUUUUUUAAUACCCCUGACUCAAGGUUGUUAAGCAAUUCUCUGAGAUUUCGGUCAUUCGAUUUUUUUUUUGUAUUUUUUAAUCCCGCUGAAACUUUUUUGGUGCCUUCGGUAUGCCCAAAGAAGCCAUUUUGCAUCAUUAGUUUGUCCAUAUAAUAUUCCAUACAAAUUUGGCAGCUGUACAUACAAAAAUGAUGUAUGAAAAUUCAAAAAAUUGUAUCUUUUGAAUGGAUUUUUUGAUCGAUUUGGUGUCUUCGGCAAAGUUGUAGGUAUGGAUAAGGACUACACUGAAAAAAUAGGAUACACGGCAAAAAAUUUGGGUGAUUUUUAAUUUCACUUUUUGCCACUUAAACUUGAUUUUCAAAAAAACACUAUUUUUUUUUUUCAUUUUCCGAUAGGUUUUAGGGGACAUCAAAAGCCAACUUUUCAGAAAUUUCCAGAAUGGGCAAAAAAUCUUUGACCGAGUUAUGAAUUUUUGAAUUAACAUUGAUUUAAAAAAAAUCUAAAUAUUGGUCCCAAAAUUUUUUCAAAUCCAUUUUUUGAUGUAAAAUUAAAUUUGCAAUCAAAAAGUACUUCAGUGAAAUUUCGAUAAAGUGCACUGUUUUCAUGUUAUAGCCAUUUUUAGGUAACUUUUUUGAAAAUGGUAGCAGCUAUUCCUUUUUUUUUAAAUUAAUGCCCAUGUUUACCAAUUGUUGAAAAAAAUAUAUUUGAAAGGAUGAGAAAAUUCUCUAUAUUUUGCUUUUUUGAACUUUGUUGACCCUAAGUUGCUGAGAUAUUGCCAUGCAAAGAUUUAAAAACAGGAAAAUUGAUGUUUUCUAAGUCUCACCCAAACAACGCAACAUUUUCUAAAAUCGAUAUCUCAGCAACUAAUGGUCUGAUUUACAACGUUAAAAUAUGAAACAUUCGUGAAAAUUUCUGAUCGAAAAAAUUUUUUUUAAUCAAGACUAACAUUUCCAAAGAGCCAAGCAUUCAAUAUUACGCCCUUUUGAAUAAUUAGUCUUGAUUUAAAAAAUUGAAAAUAUUUUUUGCGUAAAGAUCAGAAAAUUUCACGAAUGUUUCAUAUUGAAACAUUGAAAAUCGGACCAUUAGUUGUGAGAUAUCGACAUAAGAAAAUGUUGGGUUGAUUGGGUCAGAUUUAGAAAACAUCAAUUUUCCUGUUUUUAAACACUUGCAUGGCAAUAUCUCAGCAACUCAUGGUCAACAAAGUUCAAAAAAGCAAAAUAUAGAGAAUUUUCUCAGCCUGUCAAUAAUAUUUUUUUCAGCAAUGGGUAAACAUGGGCAUUA